UAGCUGCUUGUUCACGCCAAAAACGCAUUGCAGCUUCAGCAGCAUGCUCAAUGUUGUCAGAUAGCUAACUUAACUUAGACUAACCUAUUGUUACAUCGAAGGUGUACGUUCAACGUUAGAUGUUUUGCUGUUACGGCCUCGACAGGUGUGUGGAUCUUAUCUUAAAUAAAGUUUCAACAUUGUCACAGUGGGCACUUGGUUGACAAUAACAAGUCCUCGACAUUGCACAUGCAGUUAGCUCAAUACAAACUUAACAUUAGCUCCAGAAUGAAAGGGACGAGUCUCAGGCAAUAGAACGACAUGUAACACCGUCCCAACCAUCACCACGACCAAUAAUGCUGACAUGCUGAUUAUUACAUUACCAUGGACCCCCUGCUACAACUUCUUUAGCAUCUAAAAGCAUCAGGGACGAGUCCUUCUUUAGCAUCGCCUCAACAAAGAGACCCCUGCUGUCAUGCCUCCGAUCAUGGCUCAGAUCAGUGAUCCCAAGAUCGCCUUUGCAUACCUGCGCCCGGCCUGUGUCCUCCUCACCCGAGCGCCCACUGUGACCAACGUGGAGACACUGAGUGGCCAGUUAAAAGAAGUCAACGAUGCCACCUUGCAGCAGCUGCAAGAGUACGUCCUCUUCCCGCUUCGCUUUGUACUCAAAGUCCCCGGGCCGAAGGAUGAAAGGCUGGUGCAGUCCGUGGCUGAGGCCGUGAGCCACAUCCUCGAGAACACUUGUGUCCAAAACUGGGAGACCCUCCGCGACCUCCUCUCGGAGCUUUGCCUCUGCCUGUGCUCGCCAAGUGAUCCCGGGAAACCUGCAGACACGUCGGAAGAGCUCAAGUCGUCUGUGCUGAGGUGCCUGGACGCGCUGCUUCACGCUGCUUACGGUGAUAUAGUGUUCAAACUCUUCGAGCCGGUCAUGCUGCCCGGACUCGGAGCUGCCAUAUCAUUGCUGCUGGCCUUGGCGGAGAAGGAGAAAUCCCGAGGCGUACAGGCAGCGGCGUUGAAGUGCCUUCAGUCGUUGACUCUGCAGUGUGACUGCACUCAGGAGCAUGUGGUCCCAUCCUCAGAAGAGAGACACGCGAUAGGCAGCACCCUGGCUUCAUUCUUACCCGGGAUCACUGUGGCCGUAGCCAAGAUUAUUACAGGAGAUCUGAGACAAGGACACGGAGUCACCAUCGGGGCAAUCAAGGUUAUGUCUAGGACCGUGGGGCUCGUCAUGGAAGAUGCCCAGAUUCAGGCCGGCGGGCCCAGCAAGACUCCCUCAGCAGACUUGGGGAGAAUCGCUCAACUGAUGGUCCUCCGGACACCAGCGUGGGUGAAGAGCACGGCGGAGAAACUGUCCGUGCUCCUGAGGAAGAUCAUCUCCUGCACCUCAUCCCACCAGCACUGGAGAGUGCGACUAGAGAUGGUGGAGCUGGAUAACCACUUGCUGGCCAGGUGUAGCCAGUCCCUGGGAGAGUGUGUUGGUCCGCUACUGGAAGCACUGGUGGGAGCAGUCAACGACGAGGAGCCCCGAGUCAGGAAGAGGUGCGAAGAUGUUCUCUGCGAGGUAUCACAGAGGAAUCAGAGCUGUGUCAGCGGCAGCAGUGCUCAGACCUUCACAGAUGUGCUUUCAGAGAACCUCCACUCUUUGGCCACCUCUCUGCCCAGACUGAUGAGGACAUCCGAUGACCAGAAGAAGCUGUUUGUCCUCAACGUGUUCCUGGGUUAUCUGAAGGUCCUGGGACCGACCGUCUCCGUGGUGCUGAACUCGGCUGCACACCUCGAGAGGAUUUCCAAAGCCCUGAUGCAGGUGCUUGAGCUGGAUGUGAUGGAUGUCCGCAUUGUGGAGGAAAGGAGUCACGCCGUUACCAUAGAGACGAGCCCAGGCUCUCAGGAUUGUUAUGCGGCUCGCAUACAGAGGAAGCAUUUUCUCUACUUCACAGAUGAGAAGAUCUUCUCUGCGCUUAUGGAGAUCUGUCGAACAUUAGGUUACUACGGCAACAUUUACCUGCUGACGGAUCACUUCCUGGAUCUGUACCAACAGUCCUCCGCAUACAGAAAGCAGGCUGCCAUGGUGCUAAAUGAGAUUGUCACGGGCGCAGCGGGCAUCGCCGUGGCAACAGCGGAUCACGGCCUUAAGAGUCAAGUUCAGGGACACUCUGCCAGCCGGGAGGACCUUAAAGUGGCAGUGGUGUCUAUCAUGGAGGAAUACACCAGUCUGCACAACUGGCACUUGAUAACCGUCAGCGAGGAGACGGAGAGAGACCGACAGGACCAGCAGGUACUCAGCCCAUCGGGACUCCUCUCCAUUUCCAACAGCAAUGUCGGCAACACCAAAGCGCUCCAAUUGAAUCCUUCUUCAUCUGGCACCCCACCCUCCUCGUCGUCCACCUCCACAAUUCAACAGCUCAACAGCAACAUCUGGCAGCUGUGCAUCCAACUUGAGGGCGUCGCCCACUUUGCUCAGGCACUGGGACCCGACUUUCGGCCCAUUUUGAUGACAUCACUGUAUCCCGUGCUGGAGAAAGCCGGGGAGGAGACGCUGCUGGUCAGCCAGGCAGCGCUGGGCUCCAUGUGGGCCAUCAGCGAGGCCUGUGGCUACCGCUCCCUGAAGGAGCUGAUCAAUGACAACUGUGACUACCUGCUCAACGACAUAUCUCUUAACCUGCAGAGGCUCAGCCAGAACCCCCAGGCUCCGCGGGUGUUGACAGUGAUGUUGACUCACUCCGACUGCAGCCUGCUGCCUCUGGUGGGGGACAUCGUUGAGGAUGUGCUGACGGCUUUGGACCUCAGCUACGACCACACGGCCGCGCUCUUCUGCUCUGUGCUGCACGCGCUCAUGAAGGCGCUGGCCAGGUGGUUCCCCUCUAGUCGUGGAAGGACCUGUGAGUCUGCCCCAUCCAAACACACCUCCCCUCCUCCAGAGGAAGUCCUCGACAUCCGCCGCUUCCUGCUGGAUCUCCGUAAACAGAAAGAGCUGGCAGAGGGCCUUGGGAUAGAGGAGGACGACGUCGAAGACCUUGAUGUCCCUCCUCCCACCGAGUGUGAGGAUGCUGAUGAUAUCGGUGGUCCUGAUGUCAAAGUAGAGCUCCCCGCCCACCUCAGCACUACUAAAGAUGUCAUGGAGCGCUGCAUUCAUCUGCUGUCGGACCCUUGUCUCAGGCUGCGACUCAAGGUGCUGGACGUGCUGGAGCUAUGCGCGUGUGUUCUGAGUGAGAGGGAAGACGAGCUGCUGCCCAUGGCCCAUCGCUGCUGGCCCGCCCUCCUCCAGAGACUCACCGCCGAUGACCCCUUAGCGGUCCUCCGAGCCUUCAGGGUGCUGUGCACGCUGGGUGAAACGUGCGGUGACUUCCUCAGGAGGAGGGUGUCCAAAGAGGUUCUGCCCAAGCUGAGCUCGUCUCUGGUGCGGCAGGCUCCGGUCAGCGCCAAGGCCGGUCCCGUCUACACGCACACGCUGGCCUACAAGCUGCAGCUGGCUGUGCUGCAGGGGCUGGGCUCGCUGUGCCUGAGGCUGAAUCUAGGUGAUGCUGACCUGGAUGCUGUCUGUGAGGCCUGCCUGCCCUACCUGAGCUGCAGACAACCAAUCAGACUGCAGGAGGCGGGCCGAAGCGUUUUCCACCACUUGAUCCAGGCGGACCCCGAUGCCUUCUGGUUUACUCUAAACGAGCUGCACUGCCCGUGCUCCUACGCCCCGCCCCACCCGGACCUGCAGCCCGUGCGUCUGAGCGGAAUGGGCCGUGCGAGGGAUGAGUACUCCGACAACGUGCUCAAGCUGCUGAGGGAGGAGUUUGGCUCGGUCGCCGAGGCAGCCAGCUAACGGGCCAUCGCCUCGUGCCUCACACGGGCGGCCCGUUCCAGCCACUGACUCGAACCGGGCAGUUCCCCCGUAAGAAAUCGGACCAUCGCGCCGAAGAGACGGCCAUCAGAUAGGGCUGCGAUAACCUUCAUGCUCUACACGGCUGAUAAGCAGCAAAGUUGCAAAAGGAAAAUGUCAAUGGAGCUGCCUGCAGGUGUGGAAACCAGGAACACACACACACAGUGGAGGGUUUUUCCGUGAAUAUGUAGACAUAUUCUGUGUACAAAUGUGAUGCUUGCUGUUCCUUUUAUUUCUGUAUUUUGUCAAGAAAGGCCUUAUUCCUACCUUGAUGGUCUGAAUUAUUUAAAGUAAUGUCUGAGUAGUUCUGGGAUCUUUUAUACAAUUUAACUUGGCUUUUGGUGAGCUAGAUCGAAAGCUUUGAGACACUGAGUGAUUCCCAAUCAAAAUAAGUACAAGUAUAAGUCAACCGUCAAAUACUUCAACUAUUCAAAUAUCAUUUGGCAAAAAAGGCCCAGGCCAAGCGUCCUAACCUACAAUGUUAUUUCAACUGAAAUGUGUCUCUAGCACGAAAGAAAAGCUCGAAUGUCUGGCCAAAUUGAGGAUCUUUUUAGGGAGCUUCACCGGUUUUACACUUUGAAGGCUGCUGACAGGUCUUAAGAGUACUCCUGAAUAUGUACAAAGGCUUUUGUGGCUCCGGAGGGAGCUCUGUGAAGUCUGAUGCCUACAAGCGAUGUCACUGGAGUGAGUGGAGCUGAGGCUUGAAGACUGCAAAUUAAAACGGCAGUAAGAAAGAAGUGAGCUUUUCCAGACCUCUGUUGCUGCGAAACUUAAGUACGUAGUUCAGCUAACCUGGGUAAGUUACUAAUAUUAAUGCAUAAGGCUGGUAAUAUUCUAGACUUUUCCUCAUGUCGACAAACCCCAAUGAAUGGACCAACACCAAAAAUGUGGUGCUUGUGGUUUAUUCAUAGAUUUUGCUUUUCAUGAGAAUAAAUCCAGACUUGUCCUUUAAUAAUACAAUGCUGGUUAAGCUCUGCUCCAUCAGGAGCUGCCCUGCCACCCACAUCCUACAUGCUCAGGCACAACCAUCUGUCAGCUGGAAGGGAACCGGGUGCACCGGGUUGUGUAACUACAGGGGAAUUGAACGCCUCGUGACGGGGAUAGUGGCCUAUCUGUCAUUGUAGCCGUUAUCAGUUGGAGCCCUGCGGGGUUCUAGGGAUGUUUAAAUGAAUUGAACAGGAAGCCCCCCUCCUGCCCCUCCCCUCCGUUAUCACUUCACCUCACUGACGGGAGAAGCCCGCCAUAAUGAAUGCGAGGCCUCCACUGCGAGUCCACAUGGCCACGUGCGCUGUGUUCAGGCGGCCCGGCUCAGUGUAAGCGAGCGCGGCGCAGGGCCUCUUUAUCUCACGCCGCGCUGCCGCUAUUUAUUCUGCUGCCAGCGCGGACAAUGGAGCCAUUACUCAUCAGCAGCGGUGGCUUUGGCAGCACCUAUUACACCAAUACGCUUUCUCCUUAUUGCUGGAGGACACGCACACAGAGAGCAGGAGGCCAGAAGCUGAACC